AUGACGGCUGACGUGAAUUCUGCGGCUGCAGCUUGUCCGCAUCCGAAGCACAAGACACCAGCCAAGGGAUGUUCCGUCGAUCACAGCACAAGCAAGAAUAGCAGCGACGCUACAUGUCCAAUCAAUGGAGUAAACUCGGGUCUUAAUGCCGAGAUGAUGCGUGUGACUAGUCCAGUCUCAGACUCCUCAGUCGUGCAGCUAUCACAAGCUCGUGCUGUAUCUUCGAUUCCUAAAGGAGAUUUGACACCCGAACACCAAUCAGGAUCCAAUGAGAAAAAGUGGGAGUAUCCAAGUGAAGAAAUGUAUUUCAAGGCCAUGAAGCGCAAGGGCUGGGCGCCACAUGCAGAGCAGAUGAAGACCAUUGUAGCCAUUCAUAAUACCGUGAAUGAACAGAGUUGGCAAGAAGUACUGAAAUGGGAGAGUUUUCAUCCAGCAAAAGAGCCCGUAAAGCUGAAAAAGUUUAUGGGCAAACCGACCGAGUAUAGUCCCAAGGCCAAGAUUAUGAACACCUUGGGCUGGUCCGUGCUGCCAUUUGAUCGACAUGAUUGGAUCGUGGAUCGAGACGGCAAAGAGGUGCGUUAUGUGAUUGAUUUCUACUCAGGCCAACCUGAACCUGGUCGUCCCUUGAGUGUUUAUCUUGACGUGAGACCAGCCCUGGAUUCGGUGGAGGGACUUGUGGACCGCGUGCGGUGGCAGUUCCGUGAUAAAGUGGUGCCGCUCUUGCCUUUUGGUGGUGCUGUGUUUGGCAGUGGUGGUGCUGCUGCUGCUCAGAAGCAUCAAGACACGACGAACGAGCAAAGUGGUCACUCGAAAGUCACUCCCAAAACUAACUAG